UCGGCACGUUAUCGAGCGGUAGGAUUGUAAAUUUUUUUUUUAAAGUGUAAUAAUCUCGUAACACGACUAUUAACCGAGUAUAUAAUUAUAAUUAACAAUAUUUGGUGUAUUCGGAUUUUAUCGUCAUUCUUUCGAAUAGAUAGGUAAUAUUUUUUGUAUUAAAAGAGAAAAUUAAGCAAGAAAAAUUGAUAACAUUCUUAUCAAUGAACUGUGACGUAGCAUCGUACGACCUGCCGUCGCUAAAUGCGGAAAAGGUUGAUGUUUACGUUACAAUGUUAACGAAUUUGACGAAAUCGGCUUUGAAAAAGUCACAAACGACGUAAUAAUCGAAACGAAGGUGACGUCAGUCAUAUUCGCGGGAGAUGUGUAGAACUGGAGAUACGUAAUGAAGACUUUCGAUUCAAAGUUGUUUAGCGCGAAAAUAUAUAAUGGAUGACACAAACGAAGUAAAAUACAUUGCCGCCGUGGAUAUCGGAACUUCGACUAUUCGUUGCCACAUUUACGAUAAAAAAAUAAACGUCGUGGGGGAAGCGACGUUACAGAUCGAACUCGCGCAUCCGCACCGAGGAUGGGUCGAAGUCAGUCCGGAUCAUUUGUGGUUAGCCUUUGUUAAAGUUAUAAAAAAUAGCAUAUUGAAUGGUAAAUUAAAACCUUAUCAGAUAGCAUGCUUGGGUAUCUCAUCUCAGAGAGGUACUUUCAUAACCUGGGAGAAAGACACAGGAAGACCAUUUCAUAAUUUUAUCUCGUGGAAAGAUUUACGUGCUUCAUCUAUAUGUAAAGAAUGGAAUAAUUCUUUAAGAAUGAAGUGCUUAAGAUGGGGGAGUCACAUCUUACACUUAUUGUCUGGAAAAAAACGAUUUCUAGCUGCAAAAGUUCUUAAAUUAUCAACUGCCAUGGUUGUGAUGAGGUUAUAUUGGAUUCUUCAAAACAUUCCAGAUGUUAAAAAGAAAGCAAUAGAUGGGCAAGCUCUUUUUGGAACGAUUGAUACUUGGUUAAUAUGGAAAUUAACGGGAGGACGAGUACAUGCUACCCCAGAUUCAAAAGACACAGCAGACAUCAAACAGGGUCUGUAUAGCCUGGAAAAUAAGGGAAUAACAUUUUUAGCAGAAAAAAUGCAUUGGGCAGGCUGGGCAAUAAAUAUGUUUGGAAUUCCUCCUUCUAUGCUUCCAAUUAUAAAACCAACAAGUGGUGAAUUUGGAAAAACAGAAAAAUCAAUUUUUGGUGUUUCUAUACCAAUAACUGCAACAGUUGGAGAUCAACAAGCUUCAAUGUUUGGAGAAUGUUGUUUUGAUGUGGGUGAAAUUAAAUGUACAAUGGGCACAGGUUCUUUUAUUAAUAUUAACACAGGUAGCAAUCCUCAUGCAUCUUACAAAGGUCUUUAUCCUGUAGUGGGAUGGACAAUUGGUGAUGAAACUACUUAUUUGGCAGAAGGAGGCACACACGAUACAGGAACAGUUAUAUGCUGGGCUCAAAAACUUGGUUUAUUUGAUGAUCCGUCUGAGUCAAGUGAAAUUGCCACAUCUAUUCCAGAUUCUGGAGGUGUUUACUUCAUUCCGGCUUUUAGUGGAUUGCAAGCUCCAUUUAAUGACAAUCUCGCUGCAUCUGCAUUUAUUGGCUUAAAUGCUAAAACAACAAAAUGUCACAUGGUAAGAGCAAUAUUAGAAGCAAUAGCAUUUCGAAUCAAACAGUUGUAUGAUAUUAUGGAAGAAGAAGCAGAUUUUACAUUAAAAAACAUCAGUGUUAAUGGCGGCGUGGCAAACAAUGACUUUGUGAUCCAACUAAUUGCCGAUUUGACUGGCCGUCCAAUAGAACGCUCGAAACACCGGGAUAUGUCUUGUUUGGGUGUUGCGUUUCUUGCUGGACUUGGUUGUGGGAUAUGGAAAGACAAAGAAGAACUAAUGAAACUGCGGAAGAAGAACCAAAUGUUUAUUCCUCGAAACAACUGGGAGAAUUACUUAAGGGAGACGUUUGGUUGUUGGGAGAGAGCAGCUCGUCGAUGUCUUCGUUGGUAUUCCGACAAAAACACCGUUUGACUGUCUCCAUCCUCUUAAAGCAUAGGACACUUCAUUCCAUCUGAUAUACUACAGAAUUCUAGAACUUUACUGAGUGACUUUUGGCUGGUAAGAAACAACUUUAAGACAGUGUUUCUACGUCACAAUUGAAAAUAACUGUUCUCCUUAAUGUUUCUGAUGUGUUGAUUUUUAAUCUUGUAUUGUUUACGUUCUCCAUACUGUUAUACUUUUAUGCAGGGAAAAAUGUGGAAAGAGGCCAGUCUCUGUCAUUGUUUGACCAUUUCUUUUUGGAAGAGAAGAAAAAUCAACCAAAACAGUUUGACAUUAGAUAAAAGAUUCCUCUUUGAUCACAGUUAAUAGUGAGGAAAGUCUCUUCAUCCAUCUGCUUGUUUAUUAAAAGUCAAAUAUUGUUGGAUAGAUGUAUCA